AUGAGAAGAUUCAUUGGUGUGAGACAAAGGCCAUCAGGUAGAUGGGUAGCUGAGAUCAAAGACUCAUCUCAACAUGUAAGAUUAUGGCUUGGAACCUAUGACACACCAGAAGAAGCUGCUCGAGCUUACGACGAAGCUGCUCGAGCUUUACGCGGAGAAAAUGCUCGAACCAACUUCGCCCUAGCAGUAUCAACAGACGGUACAACACCAUGCAGUGAUGAUCAAGGAUUAGUAUCAUCACCACAAACAAAUGAAGCAAAAAACAGUUUAACUUUUGCUUCAUUGAAAGCAAAAUUGAGCAAGAAUCUUCAAAGUAUUAUGGCAAGAACAAGUGAUCAUAAUAACAACAAGUUUUCAAAGAGUAGAGUGAGUGAUCAUUUUACUUUUGCUAGCAUAUUCAACCGUAGGAAUCAUAAUUACAAUCAAAUAUCUGCUUUGGAUAUGAAGAACAUAGAGAAAGUUGUGCAGCCUAGUAUCAUUGUUCCCUCUAAUGAUGGUGACCCUUCUAGGGUUUCUGAUUGUAGCUCUGAAUGGUUUGGAUUUCAGAAUCUAGGGUUAGAUUCUGAUGGAUCUGAUAUAGGAGAGAUUAACAAUAAUGCUAAUAUUAAUGUUGGUGAUCAAGGUUUUUUGGAACAACUCAUGGGGUGGAUUGAUGAUGAUAGUUCUGAUAUUUGUGAAGGUUCAAGUAGUAAGAGGUUUAAGGUAUCUUCUUCUGUUCUUGUGCCUCCAACUUUCUCUAGUUCUCCUUAUGAUUGUGGUUCACCUUAUAGUGGUUAUGCUUCUCCAUAUAAUAGUUGUGGAUCCCCUUGUAAUGGUUAUGCCUCUCCUUAUUAUGGUAGCAAGAAGUAA